AUGACGUCCCUCUACAAGCAAUCGAUUCCCGUCUUCGUCAAGUACCUCAACAACCUGGGGGCCAUCGCGCAAAAGGGCCAGGCGUUCGCCGACGACACGGGCAAGAAGCACGAGGAGAUACUGGACUUCCGGCUCGUCCCCGACAUGCAGGGGCUUCGCUAUCAGGUGCAGUCGUGCUGCAACACGGCGGUGUGGUUCGCCGACCGAGUGGGCGAGCUCGAGCACACGGCGGUGGCGGACGACGAGACGACGUUCGCGCAGCUGCAGACGCGCAUCGAGAAGACGGUCGCGUACCUGAACGGCGUCGACCCCGUGGCGAUCGACAGCCACGCGGACAAGCCCCUUAUCAUGGACAGGGGCAAGUUCGGCAAGUUCCACUUUGACACGGCGCAGACGUACUUCUCCGAGUUUGCCAUGCCCAACUUCCACUUCCACCUCACGUCGGGCUAUUGCAUCCUUCGCACGCAGGGCGCACCGAUCGGGGCGAUGGACUAUAUGAAGGAUGUUUUCAAGAAGGUAUGA